CUCCUUCCAAAUUCAAAGAGUUGCAUAAUGUCUCGUUGGUUAUCAAUGUUGUCUUUGGCACUGCUGUUGCCUCUGAUUGUGUGGUCCAAAGCUAAUGAUAGUAAAGAUCAUGAAAGAGAAGGAAGAAGAAGCUGCAUAGACUACAAGAUUUUGAACAUUGGAGCAAUCAUAGACUUCCAUUCACUAAUUGGAAUGGAGCAGAAGAUAGCUAUGGAAGUUGCUAUCAAAGAUGUUAAUAGCAUAUUGAGUUGUUCCAAGCUUGUUUUGAACUUCAAUGAUUCUCAUCGGAAUCCAUCUAGUAUGGUGGCAGCUGAUCUUGCAAACAGCAAAAAGGUGCAAGCUAUCAUAGGAACAAAACUUGAUGGAGCAACAUUGGUCAAUGAGAUUCUUCAAAGCUCAAAGGAAAUUCCCAUCAUAUCCCUAACAUCAAGUUCAGAAAUAAGACAAAUUCCAUUGCCAAACUUCAUACAAAUAGGUAAUGACAUUACCUUAAACUUACAAUGCAUUGCAGCCAUCAUAUGUGAAUUCAAUUGGAGAAAAGUGACAGCAAUUUAUGAACAUGACAAUGGAUUCACCUCUUAUGAUUCAGAUAUAUUAACAAAACUCUCAUAUUCUCUUAGCCAUGUUAAUUCUGAGAUUGAAAACUAUGUAGCUUUUCCUUCAGUGGACACCCUUUUAGACCCAAAAACAGCUAUAGAACAUGAACUUAAGAAGCUAAAGAACAAGAGCUAUAACAGGGUUUUCUUGAUUCUACAAUCAUCAUUAGAGUUUGCAACUAUUCUGUUCGAGAAAGCGAAUCAGAUGGGGUUGAUGGAAAAAGGGUCAGUGUGGAUCAUCACAGAUGACAUAGCUAGCCAUCUUGAUUCACUGGAUUAUUCAUCUGUUACCUUCAAUAUGCAAGGUGUUAUUGGGUGCAAAACAAGCUUCGUCGAGUUGAGCCAGACAUUCAAACGUUUCAAAUUCGCGUUCCGCCGCGAAUUUGGGUUGGAAUAUCCUGAAGAAGAAAUAGAAAACCCCCAUCCAAGUCUCUCUGCUCUUAGAGCUUAUGAUGCCAUUUGGAUCAUUGCUCAUGCUCUAAGAAAAUCACAAUCACAAGGAAACUUUUCCAUGGAAGAGUUAUCAAAGAAUGUUGUAGCUACAAAUCAUGAGGGUCUAAGUGGUAAAAUAAUUUUCAAAGAUGGAAAAUUGUUGGAACCAGCAACAUUUAAGAUUGUCAAUGUUAUUGGAAGAAGUUACAAUGAGUUAGCAUAUUGGUCACCAGAAUCCGGUUUCUCAGAGAACCUUGUCAACCAAAUUAGUCCUUCUUCUGCUUCUGCUUCGACCUCUGGUAGAGUACUUUUAAGUAAUGCGAAUUGGCCGGGUGGAUCGAAAUCAGUGCCAAAAGGUUGGGUUUAUAAUAAUGAAGGAAGGAGGAGUGUGAAGAUUGGUGUCCCUGCUGGGGAUCCAUGUCCUCAGUUUGUGAAUGUGAGUUAUGAUCAGAGGCUGAAUCAAACACAUAUCACUGGUUUCUCAAUACAUGUCUUUGAAGCAGUUGUGAAGCAUUUACCUUAUCAGCUUCCUUAUGAUUUGGUGCCAUUUUAUGGAUCCUAUGAUGACAUAGUUGUGCAAGUGAACAAUAAGGUUUUUGAUGCUGCUGUUGGUGAUAUUCAAGUAAUUGACCAAAGAUAUGCAUAUGCUGAAUUCUCUAAUCCAUAUAUUCCAUCCGGUAUUGCCAUGGUAUCAAAAGUAAAGCCAGAUAGAUCAAAAGAAACAUGGAUGUUCAUGGAAGCUUUCACAAAAGACAUGUGGUUGUUAAUGGCAGCAAUGCACAUGUUUAUAUCAUUUGUUAUAUGGUUGAUUGAACGUGAACAUAAUUCAGAGCUUAAAGGGUUUGGAACCAUGCUAUGGUUUUCUGUCACCACAUUAUUCUUUGUACAUAGAGAACCUGUGAAAAGCAACUUGGCCAGAGCAGUGCUAGCACCAUGGUUGUUUGCAAUUCUGAUAGUGACAACAUGUUUCACAGCAAGCCUCUCAUCAAUGAUGACAGUGUCUCAACUUGAACCAUCUGUGCCUGAUAUACAAACACUGCUAAGGACCAAUGCAAUAGUGGGUUGCAAUAAGAACACAUUCUUGGUUCAUUACUUGGUUAAUGAACUGAAAUUCAAGCCUGAGAAUGUUAAGGGCUUUGAAUCAAUUAGUGAUUUUCCAAGGGCUUUUGAGAAAAAAGAAAUUGUAGCAGCUUUUACUAUUGCACCUCAUGCUGAAGUCUUUCUUGCUACACAUUGUAAGGGAUAUAUCAAAGCAGGACCUACCUUAAAGCUUGGUGGAUUAGGCUUUGCAUUUCCCAAGGGUUCAGCCCUAUCAAUUGACAUAUCAAGAGCAACAUUGAAAGCAAUAGAAAGUGGAGAAGUACAAAAACUAGAAGAAGAAAUGUUAUCUAAAACCACUUGUGGAUCUCCAAAUAGCAACAUUAUUCAAAAUGUUGAACUUGGUCCCCAACCAUUCUUUGGCCUAUUUGGAAUUUGUGGAGGCAUUGCUGUCUUUGGUUUUUUAGUCUCAAUGGCUCCUCUAAUUGGAAAGAAGGGAAAAGGAUUUAUCAACUAUUUAGAAGGGACAUCAUCAUUGUUACAAAGAGGAUUAGGCAUAAUAAAAUCUUGUGUUUCAAAGAAUCUAAGCAAGUACAUAGCUAGUGCUCCAAUCCAAGAUGAAAAUAAGAACUUAGAGGAUGUCUCAAAUAAAAUGGAGCAAAAUGUAGUGAAUAUUGAGUUGCCAAUAACAACACACCACCACUUAUAAUUCACAAAAUGUAUUAGCUCUAGGAUCUUCAAUGAUUUAGAUUUAGUUAAUUACAUUCAUGCUAAUAUUGUGUAUAGUAUAACGUUUAACAAAU